AUGGAGUUCUCCAAAGGAAUGGGGGUAAAGAGCUUCCUCGCGGCCUUCGCCGCAGGAAGCCUGGCCUUCAUAGUGCUGGAGUACUGCAAGACGCGGGAUGUGUGGGGCUACAUGUCCUUUACGUACACGGACUUCUUCUCCUUUGUUAUUGGCUUCUUUGGCCGACCUAUCUUGAGGCACUUUUUCACCCCGCCAGAAGACUUCUGGAACACCCCUAAGGAGGUUGAAGGACUAGAGGCCCCGAUACACAUUGGUCGCGACUCUCACGGAAUUCCCUAUCUGACUGCAUCGAGCCGGGAUGACCUCUGCUUUGGCCAAGGCUACCUUCAUGCCAUUGGUGUUACGGAGGCCCUGAAGGCUCUGCCUGCUCGGCCUGUCGAGUUCGUGCUGCUAGGCCACACCCCGUCGCUUCCCUACACUACGAUGGACGUUGCGGCUGUCACAACGCUGUUGUCGCUUAUGCUGAACAGAGGUCUCACAAGGGACUUUGUCUCUGUGCACCUUCACGAAGCACUGGGAGACAAGGCGAAGGUACGCGGCAAGCCAAUUGAAUUCCCCUCGGUGGAAAAGCAGGACACGGAAUGGGCGUCUAGAGGCCCUCAUACCUGCCCAGAGAUGACGGAAUCCCCGCAUACAGACAACCCAGAAUUCGGAGGACCUAUGCACGACCGAGAUACCAACCCCGAGAUUACCGUGGAGCGCAUGCGUCUAUUUUACGAGGAACUGCAAAAAAAUGCAGAUUCAUAUUACAUUAAGCACCCCAAGCCCUGGGAGGAGGGGUCCCGCGGCGAGGAAAGCAACAGCUUUAGCCUCAAAUUUGACGGCAGCAACGGCUGGGCAGUGUCUGGAAAGUUCACCAAGACAGGAAUGCCCCUUGUGGCGGGAGAUCCACACGUUGAGGUCCAUGCUCCCGGCUUUUGGAUGCCCAUGUGGCUCAAGUCCGACGGUCGGGGUGACGGCCGUCCGCUCCGCGCUGUCGGUGCCACUGCUGUCGGAGCCACGGGUUUGUUUGUCGGGCACAACGAGCACGCGGCCUGGACGCAGACAGUAGCGCAUACCGACAUUGAGGACCUCUAUAUGAUUGAACUCAACGAAGAGGGUACCCAUUACUUCUAUGACGGAAAAAAAUACCCUCUGAAGUUGAUCGAACACAAGAUUCAAGUCAAGGCAAGCCACAGUUUUGGCCCUCGCGGACUCCACCAUGGUCCGAUUUUCUCUGACGUGAUGCCGCCUCUCCACAAGAGGCUCCCCAAGAAGAAGGCCCUUGUCCUUGCCUCUGUUGCAAUGCGGGCCCCUUUGCCGUGGGCUUGGGCCGAGAAAAUGCUGUACGGGAAAACAUGGAAGGACUACAUCGAGAUGGGGCAGCUUGCGCAAAUGAACGAGUUCGUUGCCGUGUGGGCGACCAAGGAAGGUCACAUCGGCGCCUCAGUCACCGGCGCAGUACCCAAGAGACCAUAUUCCCCCGAGCCUGGAUACAGGAAUGGUUCUGACUCAAAGCAGGACUGGAAGGGGAUCGUGCCACAAGAAGAGAUACCCUUCGUUAUGAACCCCAAGGCAGGGGUUGUUGUUGCGGGCAACUCGCUUCUCUCCAGUGAUCCCAAGAAGGUGUACGGCGAAGUGUAUGUUCCAGGGCACCGUGUCCGUCGAGCACACCAAUUGUUGGCCGAGCUGAAGAAAAGCAAAAAGAUUGAGGUUCAGGAUCUCAUCAAGAUGCAGGAGGACCAGUACAGCGAGAACGGUUGCGAGUUCAAGGACUUUGUGCUCAAGGAAUUUCUGCAUCGCUUUGACCUCAAGAAUAACCAGAAGGAGGCAGCUGCUGUCUGUGCCGAAGAGGCUGUCUUCCCUUACGUUGCCAGACUGUUGACGGAGGCGAUGGAGUCGUGGGACUGCUCGAUGAGCGCCUCCUCCUAUGGGGCCUCCAUUUAUGAAGUUUGGCUGCAGAUGAUGCUGCAAGAAGUGUUCAAUGCGAACAAGUGGAGUAAUGAUGCUCUAUUCACUCUUGUUGGAGGGUGGCUGCACCCAACAUGGCUGCCCCGUACAGAAGCUCUCAACCACUGGCGCAUCAACCUCCUUUCUGCCCUGAAAUCCAAAAAGUCUCAACUGCUAGGCCCAGAGCUGACGAUGACAGGUCUCUUUUGCAAAUCCGCCCGUGCAACCAUACAGUACCUCUCCGCCCGUCUUGGUCCAGCAGUCGAGGACUGGGAGUGGGGGAAGCUGCGCAGCCGCUACGUCGAUCAUAUUUUCUCCCAAGAAGUCCCAGUCCUACGACACCUGCUCAGUGUCGGGCCACUCAAGUGGGGAGGCAACUUCGGCACCAUCAAAGCGCACCACUUUGAACCACACAUCCUAAAAUCUGAUGAUCCUCUUAGCGGAAGCUACCAUCACGGCCUAGACACAACUUCUCUUCGAGUGGUAUUUGACUUGAAAGACUGGGAGAAUUCUCGCUGGGCCUACUUUCCGGGUGUUUCCGGCUGGGUGGGCAGCAAGCACUUCGGGGACACUGCAGAGCUCUUGGUGGAUGGAAAAGAACAAAUGCUGCCGAUGCCUUGGGAUGAAGAAAAGAUUGAGGCAUCCCUUGUUGCUAAGAUGACUUUAAGCCCAAAGCCACGGGAACAGAAAAAGCAGCAGCAGCAGAAAAGGCAGGAAUUUUAA